CCGUGCCGCCGAGACAGCUCCAGGAAGGAAGGCAGAGGGAAUUGGGAAGGUGCAGCCUGCUCGGAAAUCUCCUGGCAUGUUGGUCGAGUUCUUCUUCCAGGUUGUUUGGGUCUCCCUGCUCCUCCGGACCGCCCCGGGCAGGGUUUAUCCCGGGAGAAAGCAGCAGCCCAGCAGCUUUGCCGUGCAGAGGCGCCACGUGGGGCCCCACGUUUGCUUCUCGGCCCUCGGCAGUGGAUGCUGUCCCGGGUGGAUGCUGGCUCCAGGCAGUGGGCACUGCACCCUACCUCUUUGCUCCUUCGGCUGCGGCGGCGGCUUCUGCAUCGCUCCCAACCUCUGCUCCUGCCCCGAUGGGGAGAGGGGCAUCACCUGCCCAGAGCCCUCGGGGACCUGUGGGGAAUAUGGCUGUGACCUCUCCUGCAACCACGGGGGGUGCCAGGAGGUGGCCCGGGUCUGUCCCCUCGGCUUCUCCAUGCUGGAGACCCCCAACGGCGUCCGCUGCACCGACAUCAACGAGUGCCUGAGUGCUGCCUGCGAGGGUCCCUGUGUCAACACCGAGGGGGGCUUCGUCUGUGAGUGUGGCCCCGGGCUCCAGCUCGCUGCCGACAGACACAGCUGCCAGGACACAGACGAGUGCCUGGCCACCCCCUGCCAGCACCGCUGCAGGAACAGCCUCGGCAGCUACCGCUGCUCCUGCCGCCCCGGCUACCACCUGCAUGGCAACCAACACUCCUGUCUGGAUGUCAACGAGUGCAGGUGGCCCGGGGAGCGCCGAGCUUGCCAACACAGUUGCCACAACACCCCGGGCAGCUUCCUCUGCUCCUGCCGCCCCGGCUACCGGCUGAGAGGGGAUGGGGUCUCCUGUGAAGGCUAUCCCAAACCCAUCCUGCCUCCAUCCCCCAUCCUGCAGUCCCUGCAGCACCCACCCACCCUCCUCCUGCUCCCUCCUGGCUCGGGGGGAUCCCUCCUGCUCCCCAGGGGCUCCCCCUCCUCCCACCUCCCCGCUGCUCCCCCCGGUACCCACCUCCCUCCCUCUUCUCUCUCCUUGGCCACCGAGUCACCCCCAGGGGUUGGGGGACCCCCAGGGACCCCCACCCCAUCCUCCCCUCACUGCUGGUACCGGGGAGCCCCCCGGGAGCCUGGAGCUCGUUGGAUGGAGCUGGGGGGGUGCAGGAGCUGUGUUUGCCAGGGGGGACAAGUUCUCUGCCAAGCCCCCAGCUGCCCCAUCUCCUGCUCCCACCCGCUGCCCGCCCCGCCCGGGGGCUGCUGCCCCACUUGUGCAGGGUGCCUGCACGAGGGGGUUCCCCACGCUGAAGGUGACGUUUUCACCCCCUGGGAUGGGAACUGCACGGUCUGUGUCUGCCUGGCUGGGAAUGUCACCUGCAUCUCCCCCGAGUGUCCCCCAGGCUCCUGUCUCAGCUCCUCACCCUCCGACUGCUGCUCCUGCCAGCCAGCAAGGUGCAGCUUUGGGGGUCACACGUACCCCCACGGCGCCCGGUUCAGCCUGGAUGGGGACGACUGCACCUCCUGCCUCUGCCAGGGGGGAGAGGUGGAGUGCUCCUUUGCCCCCUGCCCCGUGCUGGAUUGUCCCCAGCACCAGCAGCACCUGAGCCCUGGGCACUGCUGCUUCACCUGCAGGGACCCCCCAGCCCCUGCCAGCUGCCUGGUGGAUGACAACGGGGUGGAGUUUCCCAUCGGGCAGAUCUGGUCCCCGGGUGAUCCCUGUGAGUUGUGCAUCUGCCAGGCAGACGGCUCCGUCAGCUGCAGGAGGACGGAGUGUCUGGAGAGCUGUCCCCAUCCCAUCCACAUCCCGGGACAGUGCUGCCCUGACUGCUCCGCAGGCUGCACCUACAUGGGCAGAAGCUUCUCCAACAACCAGACCUUCCCCUCCCUGCUGGAUCCCUGUCUCAGCUGCAUCUGCCUGCUGGGCUCCGUGGCCUGCUCCCCCCUGGACUGUGCCAUCUUCUGCACCUACCCCUUCCACCCCGAGGGCGAGUGCUGCCCUGUCUGCCAGGACUGCAACUACCAGGGCAGGAAGGUGGUGAACGGCCAAACCUUCACCCCCGAGGGGCAACCCUGCACCCACUGCACGUGCCAGCUGGGGGAGGUGAGCUGUCAGAAGAGGCUGUGUCCCCUCUCCUGCGCCGAGCCCGCCCCGCUGCCCGCCUGCUGCCCACCCUGCCCAGACGUCCGCCUCCUGCUGCCCGGCAGGGACCCCCCCCCCUCCCUGUCACUGUCCCCCUCCCUGUCACUGUCCCCAACCCACCAGGACUCCCCCACUGCCCCCCCCCACCCUGGCCCACCCCCUCCAUCCCCCCAGUCCCCCCAUCCCCGCCUGGCCCAGCUCCUGCUCCCCAACACAACCCCCCUGCACCCCUCUCCGGGCAGUUCCAAGGCUGAGGAGCCCCCCACGACCACGCUGAGCCCCCCCAGGCCCCCCUCAGCAGCCCCUCUGUCCCCUGACACCCCCUCCCCAGCUCCCACAGGAUCAAACCCCGAGGCUCAGGGACCCCCCGGGGAUGUGGAGCCCUUGGCUGGGGGGCACGUGGGUCCCUAA